AUGGCAUCCUCAAUUCUGGCCGCAGGGCCAAUGAACGCGGUUGUCCUGAUUGGUGUUGUGGUGCUGUCGGCUGUGGCCUUCUGCUGCGUCACAUUCACCCGGAACCUUUAUUUCCAUCCUCUGUCCAAGUUCCCCGGGCCCAAGAUUGCGGCUGCUUCAAAUCUAUGGUACGCAUAUGUUAUGCACCGAGGGGUCGCUCCCAUCGAAAUGAGCAACCUUCACAAGAAGUACGGACCAGUGAUUCGGGUGGCACCAGAUGAACUGUCCUUUUCCAGUGCGGUUGCUUUCAAAGAAAUCUAUGGGCAUCAAAAGGCUGGCCGCCCAGAACUAGUCAAAGACAAGAAAUACCACAAGUUCGUCCCUGAGCCAAUUCUCAUCAAUGCUGAUCGGGAAUAUCACGGUACCCUUCGAAAGUUCUUGUCGCACGGAUUCUCCGAAAGCGCACUAAGAGCCCAAGAGGCCGUCCUUCAAGAGCAUAUCUCUAUGUUGAUGCUACGCUUGCGUGAGCAUGGUCACGAAGGUCAGGUUGCCGUCGACGUGCUCCGCUGGUACAACUCAUUUACGUUUGAUAUCAUCGGCUACCUGACCUAUGGUCAAUCGUUUGGAUGCUUAGCCACCUCCAGCAUUCAUCCAUAUGUCGAGCUUAUGUUUCAUUUCAUCAAACUCGCCAGCACCAUGCAAACCAUGCAACGCCUACCAGCUAUCAUUAAAUACCCGUAUGCAAUGUGGGCAGUGCCCAAAGAUGUCAAAGCCAACGUUGCGGAGAUGAAAGCUCUCAGCAAUGCCAAGGUCAACUAUCGCAUGGAGAAUCCUCCUCCAAUACCAGACUUUAUGGCUAAAUUGGUCGAAGCUCAUCGAGAAGGCCAGAUGACCUUCAACCAGCUGGUUGGGAAUUCCGAUGUCCUACUCGGUGCUGGAAGUGAGACGACCGCUACUGCGCUCUCAGGUCUAACAUUUCUUUUAAUGACGCAUCCUCACGUCCUCAACAAGUUGACUAGGGAGCUCCGCGAGGAAUUCUUUUCAGCUGAAGAGAUUACAGCCGUGGGAGUUAACAAGUGCAAAUAUCUCCUGGCUGUCAUCGAGGAGGGGCUCCGCAUCUAUCCCCCUUCCCCCGCUACGCAUCCUCGCUACACGCCCCCCGGGGGUAUCACAAUCGACGACAACUUUGUUCCUGGAAACAUGGCCGUAGGUGUCACCAUUCUCGCGGCAUGCCUUAAUGAAGACAAUUUUGCGGAUGGUGAUAAAUUCAUCCCCGAGCGCUGGACGGGCGAAGACUCAAGGUUCGACGGAGACAAGAAACAGGGUUCGCAGCCCUUUUCGCAUGGACCGCGGAAUUGCGCUGGGAGAAACCUGGCCUACCUGGAGCUGAAGCUCAUCAUAGCCAAUCUUGUCUGGCACUUUGACCUGGAGAAUUGUCAUGAAGGGGACUGGAUGGAUCAGAAGAUCUAUAUGGUAUGGCAGAAGGGGCCUUUGAUGGUCAAGCUCAAGCCCGUCAAGAGGAGUUGA